CUUCAAACUCGUGCCGGCAAAACCGGCACAAAAGUGUUCAGAACUUCGAGCCCCCUCACAAGGGGAUGUUCUCUCACUAUCAGAUACUCGCUGUUCCAACAACAAAGGUCGAGCAAACCAACUAAAAACAACCACAAGUAGUAAAAACAAGCACAAGUAGUAGAAAUCAAAAUGCCCCGCACUUCCUCUUCUUCUAUUAAAAACAGCAAACUGUCUUCUUCCUCGCAUCACUCCAAAAGUGGUCCCGCGAUGGUUUCUACCAAAAUGAUGGAUUUGAAGAUUAUCGUGCAGAAGGGAAAAGACUUGGCGGCCAAAGACUCGAAUUUCUUGGGCUUGGCGACAUCGUCGGAUCCGUACGCCGAAGUCCGCUUCAUGCCCGAAGGCAAAUGCAAUGUCGGCCAUCCGUCGGUACACUUUUUGGGCAAGACAGAAAUCUGCAAACAGACGUUGAAUCCCGUGUGGAAGGAUCAACAAGUCUUUUCCGCCAAGUUACCCUUAUCCCAAAUCGACAAUCAAAAAGCCAUGUUCCACUUAACCCUAAUGGACUUUGACGAAGAAACCAAAGACGACAGCAUGGGAGUCGUUUGUGUUCCUCUCGACCUGCAAAGCAAAAUCGUCAAAGACAAGUGGUACAACGUCCAAGCGGUUCAUGGAGAAGCGGCACAAGGACAACUCCAGUGCACGGUCAAAUGGACGGAAUCCAUGGAAGACAUGCCCGCAGACUUUGACAAACCGAAAGAGCAUUGCUACGAUAUUCAGCUCCAAGUCAUUAAAGCCCAAGGAUUGGCCAUGAAGGAUUCCUUUUUGGGCAUUAAAACCAGCAGCGAUCCCUACGCCAUUGUUCGUCUCUAUACUGGCAAAUCUAAGGUACGACCCAAAAUUUUGGGACAAACCGAGUACAUGACACAAACCAUCAAUCCAACCUGGAACGAAACCUUUUCCAUUCGGAUUCCCAUUGACGAUAUUGCUACGCAAACUGCAAAAUUGGAAUUGACACUCAUGGAUUACGACGACAAGAACGAAGACGAUCUCAUGGGCGUCGUGACGCUGCCACUUCAAUCGUUGCUGCAGAAAAUCAAACCCAACAAUCCAAACUCCAGUCUGCCCAAGGAAUGGUAUCACGUUCCCGCCGAUUCCUCCAACGAUGGAGAACAAGCCACGGGAAAAGUACAGUGCAGUAUCACGGCAUCCCUCUUGGUGGCGCAGGCGAGUUGAUUUUUUAAUAAAAAUCAAGCGAGUGAAAGCAGUUGGUAGGAAAAUACGAACAAGAUGGAAAGGACAACAAUAACAAACAAACAAACAAACAAACGAAGCACAAUGGCAACGGCAUCGCACAAAUUUUUUGGCACAAGGGUUUAUGGCACAACGAGGAGUGCAGAGGAUUUAUGGCGCUGGGUGCAUGGCAUUCUACGCUGGUGGCUUUCUACAAAAUGCAUGCAUGCAUGGAUAAACAACAAUAUUAGUUAGUACAUGUAUGACAAUUUUAGAAAAGAUGGCAGUACGAAGCAUCUGGAAGUGGAAGGAGCUCAUUCGAUUCAAUUCAAUUCGAACUUAGGGUAGCUAGCUGUACUCCUGCAUCUCCACAUCAACCACUGUGCUGUGAGACAGCUUCCUGCUUUGUCCUUGGGCAUCACCCUUUCUCAAAAAGAGCUUCCAUGGACC